CCUUCUGCCUGCAGAGGGAGGCAGUUAUGGACGGCACCAUGGAGGGCCCACUGGAGAGCUCCGAGGCGGUGCAGAGGGCCACGGCACUCAUCGAGCAGCGGCUGGCACAGGAGGAGGAGAGUGAGAAACUGCGGGGAGCCGCCCAGGGGAAGCUGCCCAUGGACAUGCUGGUGCUAGAGGACGAGAAGCACCUCGGUGCCCAGAAUCUGGCUUUGCAAAAGGUUAAGGGCCAAGAGCGCGUGCGUAAGACAUCCCUGGACCUGCGGCGGGAGAUCAUCGAUGUGGGCGGGAUCCAGAACCUCAUCGAGCUGCGGAAAAAACGCAAGCAGAAGAAGCGGGAAGCCUUGGCUGCAGCCCAUGAGCCGCCUCCAGAGCCAGAGGAGAUCACCGGCCCCGUGGAUAAGGAGACAUUCCUGAAAGCAGCAGUGGAGGGGAAAAUGAAGGUCAUUGAGAAGUUCCUUGCAGAUGGGGGUUCAGCUGACUCCUGCGAUGAGUUCCGUCGGACAGCACUGCACAGAGCUUCCCUGGAGGGCCACAUGGAGAUAUUAGAGAAGCUUCUGGAAAGUGGGGCCACCGUGGACUUCCAGGACCGGCUGGACUGCACAGCCAUGCAUUGGGCCUGCCGCGGAGGCCACUUGGAGGUGGUGAAACUCCUGCAAAGCCGAGGAGCAGACACCAAUGUGCGGGAUAAGCUGCUGAGCACUCCCUUGCACGUGGCGGUCCGCACGGGGCACGUGGAGAUUGUGGAACACUUCCUAUCCCUGGGCUUGGACAUCAAUGCCAGAGACAGAGAAGGGGACAGUGCCCUACAUGAUGCUGUGAGGCUCAACCGCUACAAAAUCAUCAAACUGCUGAUCCUGCAUGGAGCUGAUAUGAUGUGCAAGAACCUGGCAGGAAAGACCCCCACGGACCUGGUGCAGUUAUGGCAGGCAGACACCCGGCACGCCCUGGAACACCCGGAGCCUGGCUCAGAGCAGAACGGGCUAGAGGGGCCUGGGAGUGGGCGCCAGACUCCCCAGCCUGUGCCAGCCCAAUAAAUGGCUGCCACAGCCCAGCCAGGCACCUGGCUCCUCCCUUGUGCAGCCAGAUGGUCACAGAAUGGCCCCAAGAGCUAACUGAGGACCCAGCCACCUCCUGCAUAAUUCGGGAGCACUCACCAAUGAUUACAAUAAAAAAGUUCAUUUUGCUAUU